GGCGUGGCAGGGCGGACCUGUGGGCUGCGUGCGGCUUACUGAGCCCGGGAACGCGAGUACAGUGGGGUGGGAGCGGGUAGUCCUGCGGCCCCCGCGGCUGGGCGCGGGCGAUGGCGGCGCGAUGGAGCAGCGAGAACGUGGUGGUGGAAUUCCGCGAUUCCCAGGCGACCGCCAUGUCCGUGGACUGCGUGGGGCAGCAUGCAGUGCUUUCCGGCCGCCGAUUCCUAUACAUCGUCAGUCUAGAUGCCCCCUUUGAAGGUCACCGGAAGAUCUCACGCCAGAGCAAGUGGGACAUUGGAGCUGUGCAGUGGAAUCCUCAUGACAGCUUCGCGCACUAUUUUGCGGCCUCGAGCAACCAAAGGGUCGACCUUUAUAAGUGGAAAGAUGGCAGUGGGGAGGUUGGCACGACCUUACAAGGCCACACGCGCGUCAUCAGUGACUUGGACUGGGCCGUGUUUGAGCCUGACCUCCUGGUUACCAGCUCGGUGGACACCUACAUCUACAUUUGGGAUAUCAAAGACACACGGAAGCCCACUGUCGCGCUGUCUGCUGUAGCGGGUGCCUCACAGGUCAAAUGGAAUAAGAAAAACGCUAAUUGCCUUGCCACCAGUCAUGACGGGGAUGUACGGAUAUGGGACAAGCGGAAACCCAGCACAGCAGUGGAGUAUCUCGCGGCCCACCUCUCUAAGAUCCACGGCCUGGACUGGCACCCGGACAGCGAGCACAUCCUUGCUACCUCCAGUCAAGACAACUCGUCAAGGAGCAUGGCCCUGGGGGCUGACUCAGAGGCACUGCUGAAUCUGUCUAAGAGGCCAGAAAGCAAGGAAUUCAAAGGCUAUGCUUUUUCAAUAGUUGAGUUCUGGGAUUACCGCCAGCCUCGGAAAUACCUCAACAUUCUUCCUUGCCAGGUGCCUGUCUGGAAGGCCAGAUACACUCCUUUCAGCAACGGGUUGGUGACGGUGAUGGUUCCCCAGCUGCGCAGGGAGAACAGCCUGCUCUUGUGGAAUGUCUUUGACUUGAACACCCCAAUCCAUACCUUCGUGGGCCACGAUGACGUGGUGCUGGAGUUCCAGUGGAGGAAACAGAAGGAAGGGUCCAAGGACUACCAACUGGUCACGUGGUCACGGGAUCAGACCUUGAGAAUGUGGCGGGUGGAUUCCCAGAUGCAAAGGCUUUGUGCAAAUGACAUCUUAGAUGGUGUUGAUGAGUUCAUUGAGAGCAUUGCCCUUCUCCCGGAACCUGAGAAGAUCCUUCACACCCAGGACACAGAUCACCAGCACAACUCCAGCCAUGGGGAGGAAGAAGUCUUAAAGGAAGACCCCCCAAGCAGUCUCUUGGAGGAGAAGAAAUCAGAGCAGCCGGGCCUGCCUCAGACUCUGCAGCAGGAGUUCUCUCUGAUCAACGUGCAGAUUCGCAAUGUGAACGUGGAGAUGGACGCGGCAGACAGGAGCUGCACAGUGUCGGUGCACUGCAGCAGUCACCGCGUCAAGAUGCUGGUGAAGUUCCCCGCGCAGUACCCAAACCACGCCGCCCCCUCCUUCCAGUUCAUCAACCCCACCACCAUCACGUCCACCAUGAAAGCGAAGCUGCUCAAGAUCCUGAAAGACACUUCCCUGCAAAAAGUGAAACGCAACCAGAGCUGUUUGGAGCCCUGCCUGCGCCAGCUCGUCUCCUGCCUGGAGUCUUUUGUGAACCAAGAAGACAGUGCUUCCAGCAACCCCUUCGCACUCCCGAACUCCGUCACGCCGCCCCUACCAACAUUCGCCCGGGUGACCACCGCCUACGGGUCCUACCAGGAUGCCAAUAUUCCCUUUCCCAGAACAUCGGGGGCCAGGUUCUGUGGGGCAGGGUAUCUGGUGUAUUUCACAAGGCCCAUGACGAUGCACCGAGCAGUCUCUCCUACUGAGCCUACUCCGAGAUCUCUCUCGGCCUUGUCUGCCUAUCAUACUGGCUUGAUUGCACCCAUGAAGAUCCGCACAGAGGCCCCUGGGAACCUCCGUCUGUACAGUGGGAGCCCCACGCGCAGUGAGAAGGAGCAGGUCUCCAUCAGCUCCUUCUACUACAAGGAGCGGAUGUCUCCUCGCUCUGCCCGGCGACGUUGGUCCAUACAAGCAAUUAACGACUUCCCGAAAUCAAGGAGAUGGAAAAGUAAGCGUGAAGGAUCGGACUCUGGCAACCGACCAAUCAAGGCUGCUGGGAAAGUGAUCAUUCAGGAUAUUGCUUGCCUUCUUCCAGUUCACAAGUCAUUGGGAGAACUGUACAUACUGAAUGUGAAUGAUAUUCAAGAAACGUGUCAGAAGAAUGCUGCUUCUGCCUUGCUUGUUGGAAGGAAGGAUCUUGUCCAGGUUUGGUCGCUGGCCGCAGUAGCUACGGAUCUUUGCCUUGGCCCGAAGUCUGACCCAGAUUUGGAAACACCCUGGGCUCGACAUCCAUUUGGGCGACAACUGCUGGAGUCCCUACUGGCUCAUUACUGCCGGCUCCGGGACGUGCAGACGUUGGCCAUGCUCUGCAGCGUGUUCGAAGCCCAGUCUCGACCGCAGGGGAUACCAAACCCUUUCGGACCUUUUCCCAGCCGCUCAGCUAACCUUGUGGUGUCCCACAGUCGCUACCCCAGCUUUACAUCCUCAGGAUCCUGCUCGAGCUUGUCCGACCCGGGGUUCAACACUGGUGGCUGGAACAUAGUGGGAAGAGAAACAGAACACAUAUCUUCACCUUGGGGAGAGUCCUCACCAGAAGAAAUCCGCUUUGGGAGUCUGACCUAUAGUGAUCCUCGUGAGCGAGAGCGUGAUCAGCAUGAUAAAAAUAAAAGGCUUCUGGACCCCGCUAAUACCCAGCAAUUCGAUGACUUUAAGAAAUGCUAUGGAGAAAUCCUCUACCGUUGGGGUCUGAGGGAGAAACGAGCUGAAGUGCUGAAGUUUGUCUCCUGUCCUCCUGAUCCUCACAAAGGCAUUGAGUUUGGCGUGUACUGCAGCCACUGCCGGAGUGAGGUCCGGGGCACGCAGUGUGCCAUCUGCAAAGGCUUCACGUUCCAGUGUGCCAUCUGCCACGUGGCUGUGCGAGGGUCAUCCAACUUCUGCCUGGCCUGUGGACACGGGGGGCAUACCAGCCACAUGAUGGAGUGGUUUCGGACCCAGGAGGUGUGUCCCACCGGCUGUGGGUGCCACUGCCUGCUUGAAAGCACUUUCUGACUCACAGCCCUCGGGCGUUGUGGGAAGUCCUAGAGGGCCCAUCAGUGCUGGCUGAUAGGCUGUCUGCCAGAAGCGAUGCUCCAGAGCCCACCUCCAGCUGGACUGCGGUGCAUUCCCCUCAAAGACUGACAUGGUGUGGGCUGUUCCUGAGCCUUUGCCUUCUUAGCUCUUGGCUGCUUGUUGCUGGCAUGGAUGUCGGUGGAAGAGGACUCGGGCAGGUGGAAACACCUGCCUCCAGAGCUGUGUUUACCUCUCAGAUGUUGACCUCAAACCACCGACAGCAUCCUUUCUGAUGACUAUCACAGAGAUCAAGGUCGGAUGUAAAGGACAGUCUGUUGAGCCAACGGACAGUGGACAUUACUUCAGUUGACAAAUGGACCUGUUACAUAAGUUGGUGCAUUUAAUGAACUGAUGGACUAUGGCCUUUUAAAAUACGAUACUUAAAUUAUAAAUAUGUACUUAAGGAUCCUUAAGAUGUAUUUUUUUUUGUUUGCUAUUUCUCUUCCAGCUGCUUUCCCUUGGCUAAUAAAAUUCUAGUAAUCAUCUGGGGAAAAAAAA